ACAUAAAUACACGUUUGACUUCUUUCUGGUUUAUUACCUAUGCAUGCUUUUCAGUUUUUUUUUCAUAGCUUAUGCAGCUCUCGUUCGGUUAGGUUCGGUUAAGUCUGAAGCGUCGUAAUAUCGCCUGUAUAGUAUUCAACAAUUUGUAUUGACUUAGCUCAAAAUGAUGCGUGAUCCUUCGGAUAAUGUGAUUUCUUUCAAGAAGGAUUCUUCGGCUCCCAAUCUGCAUUCCAAAACAGUCAAUUACAAGAAAAAGUCGCUAAAAGGAAUGCCGGAAAGAUUCCUUUUCGAAUGUUCCAUCAAACUCAAUAUGAAACCACUUACGUCGGCAAUGGCGGCGAUUCUGUUUCAUCGGUUUUUCAGAGAAGCGAGCGAAACAGAGUACGAUCCAUAUAUGAUUGCUUCAUCCUGUCUCUACCUUGCGGGCAAAAUUAAGGACGAUCCCGUCAAAAUACGUGACGUUAUUAACGUCUCCCAUAGUACGAUCAACCGCGGAGCACCACCACUGGAGCUGACCGAUGAAUACUGGUCCAUGCGAGAUACCAUAGUGCAAGCUGAAUUGUUCAUAACCAGAAUCUUGAAGUUCGAUAUGACGACUGUUCAUCCGCAUAAGUACAUGCUGCACUACAUGAAAUCUCUUCAGGAUUGGUUCGGCGUCAAAGAAUGGAAUGCCUUACCAGUGGCUAAAACGGCGGCUUCUUAUCUUCAGGAUUUCCACCACAGUCCCAAAAUCUUAGACCAUAAACCGGAUCAUGUGGCGGUUUGUUGUUUGGCUCUCGCGUUUCAAACUUAUGGCGUUCAAGUUCCACUCAACGAUGAGAUUGACGAAGUUAAUGCUUGGUAUAACGUAUUCUGUAAGGAUCUGAGUCGUGAAAAGCACUGGGAAAUUAUUGAAGAUAUCAUCGAAGUCUACGAUGCCGAGGCAGAAAUUGACGAGGAUGAAGACUAAUACGGCGUACAUGAAAUUUAUCUUAAUUAUGAUGAGGCUGAAUAGGCUUAUUUACGUAUGAUGUUAUCAAUAUAACAAAGCCAAUUUUACUUAUCCGUUAACUGAUGCGCAUGCUAAAGCAUCGAGAAUAAUCGAGUAUAUAACUGAAAGAGAGUAUUAGAUCAUAUCUAAGCAUCUACAACUGUUUGUGAAUGCAUUAUUAGCGACUAACGUAGGUCUUCAGUCCUUCAUAACUACACAAAAGAGUGCUACAAUUUUAUUAUUUACACUCUAAUAAUAAAUCAAAUCUCAUAAAUUAUAGCUACAAUUUUGCUACCAUCUAGACAUUAAAAGUUUUCGACGAAAACGUAAGUGAACCGACAACUGCAUUUGAUUUAUUUUCGAUUGUCAUCAAGUCUUUAAAACUUAAUCAAAAAAAACUUAAACAAAAUCCCAGAUUAAACUGAUAACCUACUUAUGUAUUCAAAACUACUUGUUUAAAAAAUUAACAAUUAGUCACCAGAAGCUAAUUUAAUAAAAUCAAAACAACUUCUUA